AUGAGCAAUGAAAAGCCAAGGUACAUGGCCACCAUGGAAGUUGCUCAUGCAACAGAAGAAGAGUCGGAAGACUCAUCUGAAGACAAACCAGAGAACAGCUCUGGUGACUCUGAAGCAUCAAGCUUUGAAGUUGAGGACCCAUAUGAAGGACCUCAAUACUCACCCAACUCUGAAGCUCCAUUCCGCUUGGUCCCACCAUUCAUGGGCCCACCCUCGCUGUAA